UCAGCUUUAAACUCUCUGAAACAUGAUUCAACAUGUAAGAAAACAUUCAGCUGCUCUGAGUGUGGGAAAAGAUUUGGCUUCAAGUCACAUAUUAAUAGACACAUGAUGACUCACACAGGAGAAAAACCUUUUAACUGCUCUGAUUGUGGGAAAAUAUUUGGCCACAAGGCAGGUCUGAAGAGACACAUGAGAAUCCACACAGGAGAAAAACCUUUCAGCUGCUCUGAGUGUGGUAGAGCUUUCUCUGAUAGUGGACACGUGAAGAAACACAUGAUGACUCACACAGGUGAAAAACCUUUCAGCUGUUUAGUUUGUAAGAAAACGUUUUUAAUGUCUGGAAAUUUACGGUUACACAUGAGAAUCCACACAGGAGAAAAACCUUUCAGCUGCAGUGUUUGUAAUAAAUCUUUUAGACAUAGUGGAAGUUUUCAAACACACAUGAGAAUCCACACAGGAGAAAAACCUUUCAGCUGCUCAAUCUGUAAGAAAUCUUUUACACAGAGAGGAAGUUUACGGUCACACAUGGCUGUAGUCCACACAGAAGAGAAAAGAUUCAGCUGCAGUGUUUGUAACAAAAGAUUUGCCUGGCAUUCUGAUGUCAAAACACAGUUCACACAGGAGACAAACCUUUCAGCUGCUCUGAGUGUGGUGAAGCUUUCACUCAAAAUGGACACUUGA